AACCGGAAUAACGAGGAAAGCCGACAAUACGAAUGGUGUUCAAAGGGACCUGACAGUCGUGCUUCUCGUUACAAAUCACAGUUGACGAAAACUGCAUUUUCUUUGUGGAACUAUAUAUCGGACUAGACCUUGCAAGAGACUGAAGCAGGUCGAAACAGAGCACUAACGACUUGGACGUUAGCAGAAGCUAUCUUAAAGGGCUAGCCAGUGAGCUGGUUAGAGAUGUUAGCUUAGCUUAGAUUAGCUUGUUUUGUAGUUCAACUUGGCAAGACCUGACAGUUUCGGUUUUGUCUGCCUUCAUCGGAAUGUGUCUCUCAGAAAUACGGCAGUUUCUUGGUAUUUCGAUAUUUUAAACUUAAAAGCGCCUCAGUUGACCAGUUUGUCUUAUGCUUGCAUAGUUUUUGUUCUCGUUAGUUAAUGAACGUUAAUGAGUUGGGUCGUUAAACUAGCCACCUUAAUUAACUAUUAGUCCGCUGAUGUCUUUCGUCUAGAUACUCAGCCGUGGUACUUUAACAUCGGUUUGAAUAGUAAUUAAAGAUACAUCUUCUUGACUCACUUAACUUAAGCUAGGUUCUAAUAUUUGAUAGGCAGCUAGCUAGAUAAUUUUAAUUUCGAUAGUUUUCCACAUUCUUUUCUGCCUGCCAGCAAACCACUCAUAGCUACCUGUGUGAUUUGUACGACUCAGGAGCAUAGCUUCUAUUUGAAUUAACUGGUUGGUUGAUUUCUUUAGGUCUGUGCGUUUGUUGCUUUUUAACUAACGUAGAGGCAGUCAGCUGUGUGCUUCUAAUAUUUUCGAGAGAAAACCUGUCCGUAUCUCUAUAUACAGCCAACAAAUUAAUUCAACUGAUGAGAGCCAGCAAACUACAUAAACACACUGUUUCCUGUCAGUUUAGCCGAUUGAAUAGAGUCGAUUAUUAGCUAUGCCCGUUUGUAAUAAACCUGUUAAGAGUAUAUGUUCAUUUUGUAGUACUAUAUCCUGCUCUUGGUUUGAGUGCUGCACUGGUAAUAUUAGCUAACAGAAGCUAAGUCAAUCAGUUGUAAUUGUGUUUCUAGCUAGCUAGGUUUUUUUGGUUUACAGCCUAAUUCUUUUGGCUGACAACCUCGUCACUAUAUCAAGGUUUUAAAAAGCAUACGAUUACAGCUAUCAGUUGGCAGUUGAACUGUACUGGUAGUUCGCUAGCUAAUUACUUGGGCUUCGUCCUCUGGAUUUUCCUAAACCAAGGAUUUUUUUUUUCUUAUUCAGACCACGCAAUUGGAGAGGAAACUACGGACUACACAGUUUGUCACGGAGAAUUGUUUUAACUGGUUUGUCUAAAAUUAACCCUAUUGUUGUGGAUUGUGACUGAGGAGGGGGAAAAUGUCAGGGCAGUCUAUCACAGAUCGGAUCACGGCCGCUCAGCACAGCAUGACUGGGUCAGCUAUUAGUAAAGCCGUCUGCAAAGCUACCACACACGAAGUCAGCGGACCAAAAAAGAAACACCUUGAUUACCUGAUCCACUGCACCAACGAGAUGAAUGUGAACGUGCCUCAGUUGGCAGACACACUGUUUGAGCGUACGGCCAAUAGCAGCUGGGUAGUGGUGUUUAAAGCCCUCAUCACUACACACCAUUUAAUGAUGUAUGGAAAUGAGCGUUUUAUCCAGUACCUGGCGUCAAGAAAUACCCUUUUCAACCUGAACAACUUCCUGGAUAAAGGGGCAUUGCAAGGCUACGACAUGUCAACCUUCAUCAGACGCUACAGUAGGUAUCUGAACGAGAAGGCUCUCUCCUAUAGGCUGGUGGCAGUGGACUUCACCAAGAUGAAGAGAGGGAUCGACGGAGUGAUGCGAACCAUGAACACCGAGAAGCUGAUUAAAACGCUCCCUAUUAUUCAGAACCAGCUGGAUGCUCUACUCGACUUCCAGGCCAACCCCAAUGAGCUGACUAACGGCGUUAUCAACGCCGCCUUCAUGCUGCUCUUCAAAGACUCCAUCCGCCUGUUCGCUGCCUACAAUGAGGGAGUUAUAAACCUGCUGGAGAAAUACUUUGACAUGAAGAAAAACCAGUGCAAAGACGCCCUUGACAUUUACAAGAAGUUUCUGUCCAGGAUGACCAAGCUGUCUGAGUUUCUCAAAGUGGCUGAGCAAGUUGGAAUUGAUCAGGGUGACAUCCCAGAUCUAACUCAGGCCCCCAGCAGUCUGCUGGAAGCCCUGGAGCAGCAUCUGGCCUCUCUGGAAGGCAAGAAGACCAAGGAGUUCUCUGCCGACAGCAGAGCUACCACCCUGUCGAAGGCCGUGUCCACCCUGUCCAACACGGGCAUGUCCUUCAGCCGCGUGGACGAGAAGGAGAAGCAGCAGGCCCUGGAGGAGGAGCAGGCCAGGCUGCAGGCACUCAAGGACCAGCGUCUGAAGGAGAUCGGCAUGCAGACUCCCUCCGCCUCGCCCAGCGCGCAGUCUGCGGGCAGCGCCAACAACCACAACGCUGGCAUGGACCCCUUCGCCAACCCCGCCCACACCCCAUCCACCAACAGCAUGCCAAACCUCACCAGCGACCUGUUUGACCUCCAGCCAGCCUUCAUUCCUGCUGUGCAGAGCACUCCCUCCAUCUCCACAGCCAACAGUGCCUGGGGAGGUCUGGAGACUGGCGGCAUUCAGCAGCAGGCCGCACCAGUGCCCAGCAUGAGCGUAGAUUUUGACGCCGUGUUCGGGACAAAAGUGACCAGUAACGAGGAGAAACCAGCAGCUGGCUUUGACACUCUAGGGGAUCUGUUGAAACCCACUGUGACUGUUCCUCACAGUCAGGCUCCAGCCGUGACCCCGCACACCGGCAGCAAACUGCUGGCCAACGACCUGGACUCCUCCUUGGCCAACCUAGUGGGCAAUCUUCAGUUUGGAGGAACACCAGCCAAAAAGCCCGAUAUGCAGUGGACUCAGCCAGGAGAGAAGAAACUGACUGGUGGCACUAACUGGCAGUCCAAAACCAUGAGCAGCACCACUGCCUGGAGCCCGACGCCAAUGGCCCCCGCCGCCAUGCCUGUGCCGCACAUGUCCUCUGCUCUUCCCCAGCAGGCUCCUGCUCCAAUGGCGUUUCCCAUGACGACACCUCAAGUGCCUGUGUACGGAAUGGUCCCUCCCCAGAUGGGUCAGAUGGGAGGGGUCCCGGUCAUGACUCCCCAGCCCAUGAUGUACAACCAGCCUGUCCUCAGACCCACCAACCCCUUCGCCCCCAUGCCUGGAGCCCAGAUGCAGUUUAUGUAGUCCCGACAGGCCAGUCCAGUGCCAAACAUGCCGGCGAAUCGGAAAAAGCGAAACAAAACAGAGAGUGAACGAGCAAGCGAGAGAACAGGCGAAUGAAGACGAACGACAAACCCACACCAAAUACAGGACGAAGCACGAAAAUGAGAGAGGGAUUCAGGAAAAGGAGAGAGAGAGAGAGAGGAGAAUGCUCCUAAAAUGGGGUUGAGGAUGGGAGAGGGCGGGGGGGGGGGGGGGGUGUUUAGUGCGUGAGAGCGUGUGUGUUGCGCGUGUGUAUGUGCACGUGUGUGUUUGUGUGUCAAAAAAAACUUCACCUCAUUGUCUGAAACAGCUCCACCUCCUUCCUCGUACACACACACACACACACAGUUUGGCAUUUGCAGAUUCCCAGAUUUGAAAUAUUUUUUUGCGGGGUUCUAAUGACUAAGUGUAAAAUGUUGAGUCAGAUGGGAAGGGGGAAAUGUUGCAUUAGAUAUAGUGUUAGGUCAUUCCCAAGCACAGAACCGUCACAACGUUUUUGGUUUUUUGUUUUUUAUGGGGUUUUUUUGUUUUUGUUUUUUAAAGUGGAGGGAAAAAAAACGUUCUUUUAGUUUAGCUCUGGUGCCGAUGCAUUAAGACAGAAACAAACAACUCUUUUUUUUUUUUUUCUCCCAAUCUGUUACUGAGUUUUUCCUCUUCGAGCUCUGUUGUCUCGCUGGACUUAAUGUACACACAGGAAACAUAAAAAUGUUCAGCUUGUCUGUCAGGUUAGUCAAGAUCUCUCUCUCUCUCUCUCUCUCUCUCUCUCUCUCACUCUCUCUCUCUCCCUCUCUCUCUCUCUCUCUGUUCUGACCAACACCCAUGUUGUGUCUGCUUCAUUCCAGUGUUUGUAACUGCCCCAUACCUUAAGGUCAGUGGUCGUGUUGUUUUGCACCUCCAAGCACUUUAUAAAUAUAUAUAUAUAUAUAUACAUAUACAAAUGUGUGUGUGUGUGUGUAUGCGUGUGUGUGUUGUUACGCAUGUGUUACAAACCAUUGCUUUACAUUGAGCUGGUCUCUGCCCGCACAGAUUAAAAAUGUCAGUAGUUCAAAUUUGUGUAUGUCCUUAGGCAUAAGGAAUCCUUUUGGUUACAGGUGUGUGUGUGUGUGUGCGCGCGCGUGUGUGUGUGUGUGUGUGUGUGUGUGUGUGUGUGUGUGUCAAAUGGGGUAGAUAUCUUUGAUUGGGGGGGGGCGCUGUUUCAGACGUGGUGAGCGUCUCUCACACACUCACGAGGUGACAUUGGAUGUAAAAACCACUUACUCCAGAUUCUCAUAAAAAGCAUUUAACCCCAACUUCACUCGCUUCUUCUUUUUCUGUUGUUUUGUUGAUUUUUUUUCUUUAAUUAUGCCAUUGAGCUCUUGUUACACAUACAUGAUUACUUUGCAUCCAUUUUGUGUUUUCUUUUUUUUUUUUUUUUCAAAUGUGUACCUGGCUUGUAUUUGUGUCGGAGCUACUAGCUCUGAAUCUUCCAUGUCAUCCCCAUCCACUGAACAUAAUCAGCUGCCAACAGAGAAAGAGAUAAUGACAAACAAAACAUGGCCUGUUCAAAAAACAAAAACAUUGUUUUGUUUUGGGGUUUUUUUUUUUGUUUUUAUUUUUAAGAAAGCAAGCAUGAAUGAUAUGUAAUGUGUCCCUCACACUUUUUUUUUUUCUCUACAUUGUCACACAUGUUCAAACUUUCCAGUUAGCGUUUAGUCAUCAGAAUGAUGAAUGAAGCAACCGGUCGGCAGAGGCAUUUCUGCACUGCCGCGAUUUGCCAAAUGAAUAGCAGUUGUUCUCUGUGGAUUGUAAUUUGACGGAUUAUGUACGCCCUCUGCAGUGGAUAGAUGGAUUUAUCUGCUCGUACAUGCCACCCAGUUUUGUUGAACAAAUUUUGUUUUUUGAAAUAAAAUAUAAUUGUGCCAAUAGUUA